GGACUGGAUUGCGAGGAAUGUCCACCUAUGGCUCUUCAAAUUCUGCAGAUUUCAUUGAUGGGGAUCAUCCAAGUGGUCGCGACGAUUUUGUUGUCAGUCUCGAACAAGGACAGCGCCUGGAAUGAGCAUUCCCUCGCAGGUCCCAUCAUGUUCUCGUUUUUUCGCACCCUUCAGACACAUGCGGUUCUAUCCAAAUUGAUGAUUGAGCCCUUCCCGCAACGUGCAUUCAAUGAAUUGGGACCUUUGCUCUGGAUCUGCACCAUCAGCCAGGUGGUCUUCGCCCCCUGUUUGUUGCCCCUGACGUCCUGCCUGAUCCCCCUGCACACGGAAGGUGACUUGAUGGCAUACCACCUCCUUGAGCUGGCCUCGCGCCUCGGUAUCUUGCUCCUGAGCUGUACGUUGAUGGCCUGCCUGGCGCGCGCGGAGCGCCUGGAUGCCUUCAUUCGCACUGGAUACACCGGGCUCCACUUCGUGCUACCGUCCUUGUCCUUCUACGCACUGGCGCUCAGCCAGUGUGAGCUCGGCUAUGCUGCGACCUCUGCGACCUUCGUCCUGGCGGCCAACCGGGACAUGCCGUGCCCCGCGAUGACCAGCAAUUUGGCCUACCUCUUUGCCGCGGUUCACAUCGUUGCAAUGAUCUCUCAGUGGCUUUGUCUACCUUGGAUUUUGACGAAAUUCAUCUAUCGGCAUGUUCAAGAUUGCUAUGGAAUGGGCAUCCAUAAAGUGAUGCAUGGAAAACGCUACUGGAAGAUUUUGGAUGACAUUUGCAUCGCCGUCUCCACAUUGUUCGCGACGGCACUCGGAGAAGCGGGCAUGACCUACUGCAUGUUCGCGACAGAGGGCAGCUACGCCAUUUUGACGAGGGUCACUCAGGCGUAUUCCUUCCUCUCUGGAAACUUGAUGGUCCACUUCAAGUCGCAGAUGGCUUUGAAUAUCCUUUGCCUGUGUUCUGGGAACUUGUUCACGGACUUCCUCAUCGAUUUUUUCAGCGAAUUCCUCGCACAGGAUUUGGAUCACGCGUCAAUGAUUUGCAGAGCUACAAUACUCUCCUUGAGCCUGGCCCAUAUGUUGCUGGUGACCAGCAUGGCCUUGCUCGAAAACCGCGUUGCCCUGGUGGUGAACACGCGUCUGUUGUCAGCCCCCGCAGAUGGCUGGACCGUGCGCUUGUCGCGCAUGGUACAGGGCUUUGGUUCCUUCCACAGCAAGAUUUUGCUGCACGGCGUCACCAGCACGGUGCAUUACAUCCUCUACAGGAGCACAACUUUGCGUCUGACGGAGGUACGAGACAUGGUGAACCAGGCGGUGGAGCAAAUUCUGGUGGCGCGGAAAAGCCAGGUGAUGUCUCGACUCAACAUGAAAGGGUGUCGCAGAUCGCUGACGCAAGAGGACGAUCAAGCCAUCGAGGCGUUGCUUCAAUCAGACCUGAUAGCUCCUCAUGAGCUGGUGAGUACUGUGGAAGACAUGUGCAGUGGCGACUUUAUCUACCGUCAAGGUACGAAGAAAAGUUCCACCGUCGCAGAAAGUGAAGAUGAGGAGCCAAAGACGCCCAACGAGAACAUCCCGCAUAAGGCGAAGAAAGCCUUGGCUGCUGCGACAAAGAAAAACAGCAAACCAAAACAUAUUCGAAGGAGAUUUCAUGAAGCUCAGGCAGAAUGCGCUCGAAGUACUGCAAAGCUCCUCACGGAGGCUGACAGCCUAAAUCGUCGGCUCGGUCGGAUUUGGAUGAUCUCAACUGAGAAUUCCAAGCUGAUCCCGGCCUAUCUUGAUAAGGCGGAGACACUCCAUGGCCUUUUGCAACGGAUCCAUGACUUCUUGGGCGAAGAGCGAGAUGCGAGACAUCCUGCAGUGGAGAACUUCCUAGAUGAGGUGAUCAGCCAGACCAGAGACUGGAACUCACAGGUGGAGAAUCUGACGAGGCAACGCGGCGCCAAGGACAAAGAUCCACGAGGCGUUGCCGCUUCCGAGGCUGAGUUGGACCACGAGCUCCGAAACUUGUUCCAGGACGAGGCCGAGUCGUCCGUCACCAUGGCGCCGGACGACGACAAGUCUUCCAGCACGGCCCAUAUCUCGCUGCGACCGGGCCCAGAGCGGCCGCGUGUCAAGCUCCCUUUCAACCGAAUUGACUUUCAAAGCAGGACACAGCCUGCACCUUCUCGUUACCCUGAUCUUGAUUGGCACCGAUAGCCAGGGUCAGUUUGCGCUGCUGCCAGUGAAUAACACGGCAUAUCCAAACUAUCCAAACUUACGCGAUUU